GAGACCCAUUUCACUUGGAGAGAGAGACAGCGAUGUGAUGUUAUUUUCCCUUUGAGUUUGUGGGGGGCAAGCAAUCUCGACAGGUUAUAUUACGUGCUGAAAUUUUUAAGGGAGAGAAACCCAUCUCCGUCUCUCUCAUAUUUUCUGCUUUUGGAGAGAGAGAGAGAGAGAACGCAUAGCAAGUCACACAUUGAGAGAGAGAAGAGAAACCCAUCUCAUUCUUUAUCUGGUUUUGAGCCGCAAAGUAGAGAGAGAGAGAGAGAUGGAGGAUGAGCAUGAGCCUCUUUUGAAUCGAGAAAGCCGAGGAAAUAGGAGUGGCUUCAUUGAAUUUGAAGGGGGCAUAGAAUCCAUUAAGAGCUUGGGUGAGUUCAAUAGAGAGUUUGUGGUUGAAUCGAAGAAGCUAUGGUAUUUGGCCGGGCCUGCUAUAUUCACUUCGACAUGUCUGUACUCGCUGGGUGCCAUCACUCAAGCAUUUGCAGGCCAUGUGGGUACCCUUGAGCUUGCUGCUGUGUCCGUGGAGAAUUCUGUUAUAGCUGGCUUCUCUUAUGGUCUACUGCUGGGCAUGGGAAGUGCACUAGAGACACUAUGUGGGCAAGCCUAUGGUGCUGGGCAAUUGGACAUGCUAGGCAUAUACAUGCAAAGAUCAUGGGUCAUCCUCAUCACAACUGCCCUCAUACUCUCCAUAUUCUAUGUCUUUGCCACUCCAUUCCUCAUUCUCAUUGGACAAGACCACAGAAUAGCUGAUGCAGCAGGAUUAUUUUCCCUAUACAUGAUACCCCAACUCUUGGCAUAUGCUGUGUAUUUCUCUAUUCAGAAAUUCUUACAAGCACAGAGCAGGAUGAUGUCUAUGGCUGUCAUAGCCAGUACUGCUCUAUUGCUCCACACUUUCUUCAGUUGGUUGGUGAUGAUCAAGUUGAAUUGGGGCAUGGUUGGAGCUGCAGUGGUGCUGAAUGGCUCAUGGUGGUUCAUAGUGGUGGCUCAGUUGGUUUAUAUUUUUAGUGGGAGCUGUGGAAGGGCUUGGAGUGGGUUUUCAUGGAAGGCAUUUCAAAAUCUGUGGGCUUUUGUUAGGCUCUCCCUAGCAUCUGCAGUUAUGUUGUGUUUGGAGGUAUGGUAUUUCAUGGUGCUAAUUAUUUUUGCCGGAUAUCUUAAGAACCCUGAAGUUUCGAUUGACGGAUUGUCCAUGUGCAUGAAUAUUCUCGCGUGGGCUGUUAUGGUUGCCAUAGGAUCCAAUGUGGCUACAAGGAUAGUAAAACAUGUGAGGGUGUCAAAUGAAUUGGGAGCUGGGCAUGCAAGGACCGCAAAGUUUUCAGUGGUGGUAGUGGUGACCACAUCUUUCAUGUUGGGAUUUGCUAUCUCUAUGAUUUUGUUAGCAACAAAGAAUGAGUGGCCAAAAGCAUUCACAAAUAGUGAGGCAGUAAAGAAGCUUGUCUCUGAGCUCACCCCUCUCCUUUGCAUUUGCAUUGUGGUGAGCAAUGUACAACCAGUGCUCUCAGGGGCGGCCAUUGGAGUUGGUUGGCAAACUCUGGUGGCUUAUGUAAACAUUGGAUGCUAUUACUUUUUUGGCAUUCCUCUAGGUCUCCUGUUGGGCUACAAGCUUGACUUUGGAGUUACAGGAAUUUGGAGUGGGAUGCUUGCUGGGACUGGGGUGCAAAUACUAAUUCUCAUUUGGAUGACAUACAGAACAAAUUGGAACAAAGAGGCAUCCAUUGCUGGAGACAGGAUAAAGCAUUGGGGAGGAGAAGUUGCAAAGGCUAGCGAUGCAUAGAAAUAAC